AUGUCAGAUCACAGUCUUGCCAAAUAUGGCAAGUUCUUCCAGUACACAAGCGGCCGCUGGCUUUGGGAUGAGGAAAAGCAACUUCAGGAUCGAUUUACACCUUUCAAUGUGGUGGAACUCCAGCAUAUUGCGGCUGGAAGUAUUGGAGCGAACAAGUGUGUUGCCAUGACAAAGUUGGCGGAAGGCUCUUUUAACAAGACCUUUCAUCUUAAGAUGGACAACGGGUCUACUGCCAUUGCGAGAAUACCUCACCCCAUUGCUGGACCCAAGUACUAUACCACCGCAUCGGAGGUCGCGACAAUGGAUUUUGCCCGUACAGUACUCCAGAUACCUGUCCCACAGGUUCAUGCAUGGAGCGCACGCGUUGAUAACCCUGUUGGUGCUGAAUACAUCAUCAUGGAGGAAGCUGCAGGGACAAAGCUGGAGGAUGUAUGGGAUAAUCUUUCUCUAGAAGACAGAAUUUCUAUCAUGAAGGAUCUGGUAUCGAUUGAAAAUAAGCUUCUUUCGGUAUCUUUCAGCAGAUAUGGGAAUCUCUAUUACUCUGGCGAGGCAGUCCCCGGGGCCGUGGUCGCUGAAGUUGUGAAUGAUACAUCACCAGAACUUAAAAUGGACGUGAAGAUGCGGUUUUCCAUUGGCCCUGUUGUAGCAAGAGAUUUUUGGACAAAAGAACGUUCAGUGAUGGAUAUAGAUCGGGGUCCAUGGAAGCUUCCACAUGAAUAUGCGGUAGCUUUAGCAUGUUGUGAACAGAAAUGGAUUGAGCAACAUGCAAUCCCCAAGCCUGCGACUGAUCAAUUCAUAACAUCUACAGCGCAAAAUUCCCCCAAAGCCCAUCUUUCUCUUCUCAAAAAGUAUCUACAGGUGGUCCCUUAUCUUUUGCCCACAGACGACCCGAAUCUCGUUGCAUCUACAAUCUGGCAUACAGAUCUCCAUGCCGGCAACCUCUUUGUGGACAAAGGCCAUAUCACUAGCGUGAUUGACUGGCAGGAAGCUUGGGCUGGGCCUCUAGUUCUUCAAGGCCGCCACCCACGCCUAGUUGAUUUCCAAGGUGAUAUCAUUUUGAAACCACCGCCAAAUUUUAAGGACCUUGAACCGAAUGAGAAGGCCCACUUGAAAAAGCAGAUCGCCAGUUCCAUAAUUCUUUAUCUUUAUGAACAGCAAACAGCAAAACUCAACCCUAACCUCAACAGAGUACUCCGUUUAAAGCUCGGGCGAGUGAGGUGUGAGCCUAUAAGCUUUGUCAGCAACACCUGGGACGACGAUAUUUUGCCAUUGCGCGAAUCACUGAUAAAUGUGGAAAGACAUUGGCAUGAGCUAGGCUUCAACUUCGCGUGCCCAAUUCACUUUACACAGGACGAGCUCCAGAGACACGCAGAGGAUGGAGAAGGAUGGAAUGAAGUGCAAGACUUUUGGAGAGCUGUAGAAGGAAUUGCCGCCCGUGAUGGAUGGACUCCACACAGCAUGUAUGAAGAGGCUGUGGCUCUUUUUUCAGAACUCAGGGAAAUCGGGUUGAAGAACAUGAUAGGAAAGGAGAGAAAGGACUUUGAAGCACAGACGCGGUGGGUGGAGAGCUCUUCCCAGGGCCAUAAUGAUGGAAAUGUAGAAUGA